CCCUUCUUUUUUUUUUCAUUCCGUUCCUAUUGAUAAUAUUCUUUCUCUAUUUUGCCCCCUCUUUGGCGAUAUUCCCUCUUCCAAAAUUGUUCCGUGAUUUCAUAUCAUAUAAACAAGGAAGAGAUCAGUAUACUGCCGCUCAAAAUGGAUUAUAUAUUGCCGCUCAAUAUUGUUUAUCAUUUCAUCUCGUACAACUCUGCUUCAGAAACAAGGUUCUUCUAUUCUCUGAUAUGGAAUCACAACUUGAUUUUGAAAGGGGUCCAGGAAAAAAUAAAAAAAAUGGAAUGAAAAUGAAGAUGAGAAGCUUGUUGCAGCCAUGCUUGAUGUUCUAAAUUCAGGUGGUAAUUACAAAUCAGAUAAUGGGUUUAAACCUGGUUUCUUUAGUGCGGUGGAGCGACAACUCGCAAUAUCUCUUCCCGAAGCUGGCAUAAAAGCAAAGCCACAUAUAGAAUCGCGUGUAAAAACAAUGAAGAGUGAUUGGUCUGCCAUACAUGAUAUGUUGGCAUGGAACAAUACAAGUGGUUUUGGCUGGGAUUACAAUAAUGACAUGCUUGAUGCUCCCCAACCUAUUUGGCAAGCUUAUAUACAGGUGCAUAAAAAUGCUGCAAAAUGGAGAGCAAAGAAAUUCCCUCAUUAUUGGGACUUGUGUAAUGUAUUUGGUAAGGAUCGCGCAAAUGGAAGAGAUGCCCAAACAGCUGCGGAUAUUAUAUCUGAUAUAAACCGAGAAGAACCGGAGGCUACUGAAGAAGGAUUAGAUGAUAUUGAUGUUAAUCAACCAAUAAACAUCCCUUCAUAUGAUGCUUCUAGAGAAGAGUCAAGCACACAGCGAAAGAGAAGAAGGCGCAACAGUUGGGAUCCUCUAAUGAACAGUCUGAAAGAGUCUGCUGAAAUAAUCGGUGCAGAGAUUAGGGGGGCUUCAAAUACUUUUAAUAGAGUUUUUGGAACAGAGAGCAAUAGAGAGGAACUUCGGAACAACCUUUUUGCGGAGAUGAAUAAAGUUGCGGGUUUAACUACUCGUGAGUGUGACAAGGCGGUAUGUAAGCUUGCACAAAAUGAGGAGUUAAUGGUAGUCUUUUUUAAGGUUGAUGAAGACCGCAAACUUGGAUGGGUAAAGAACAUGCUUGAAGAUACCGUUUGACGUGAUAUACAACGACUUUUGGAAUAUUAUUAAUUUUUUUUGUUUGCAAAUUUUGGAU